AUGUCAAUUUCUCUGAAUAACAAUAACAACCGGAGCGUCCGUCGAAAAUUCGGAGAGUCCGGAUUCACGUUUCGACACGGCGACGACCUGAUUGUGACCCCGUUUGCUCAGCUAUUGGCAAGUCUUCGAAACGUUCGAUCCAAUCUGAUUUCGAUAUCCAACAUCCAGAAUAGCGACGACAGUCGACACGCGAAUCGAAGUACGAAAAGACCGCCGUUGCACAAUACUCCACUUCCAGACGAUGUUGUGCAAUGUGCGCAUGACACACUCGAAGAACUCGAUUGGUGUCUCGACCAGCUGGAGACGAUUCAAACGCAUCGAUCUGUGUCUGAAAUGGCGAGCAGUAAGUUCCGCAAGAUGCUCAACAAGGAGUUGUCGCAUUUCGCCGAAUCGUCAAAGUCCGGAACACAAGUCUCCAAAUUUCUGAUCACCACCUACAUGGACAAGGAAGAGGAUGAACCGUCGAUCGAGAUCGAAGUGCCCACAGAGGUACAAGGCCCUUCAACAUCUGGUCCAAUGACGCUCUCAAUUCUGAAGAAAGCCCAAACAGCCGCCAUGAAUAAGAUCUCAGGAGUUCGAAAACUUCGUGCUCCGUCUCACGAUGGUCAAUUACCUGAAUACGGAGUGAAUUGUGCACGAGAGAUUGCUGUUCACAUGCAACGACUCGACGACUGGGGACCCGACGUCUUCAAAAUUGACGAGCUCUCCAAGAAUCACUCGCUGACAGUCAUCACUUUCACACUGCUCCGUCAACGUAAUCUCUUCAAAACUUUUGAAAUUCAUCCGUCUACUCUGGUCACCUACUUGCUCAAUCUGGAACAUCACUAUCGAAAUAACCAUUAUCACAAUUUCAUUCACGCAGCCGAUGUGGCUCAAUCGAUGCACGUGUUGCUCAUGUCUCCUGUUCUUACUGAAGUAUUCUCGGAUUUGGAAGUGUUGGCAGCAAUCUUUGCUGGUGCAAUCCAUGACGUCGAUCAUCCGGGAUUCACGAAUCAGUACUUGAUUAACUCCAACAACGAAUUAGCCAUCAUGUACAACGAUGAAAGUGUUUUGGAGCAGCACCAUCUGGCGGUUGCGUUCAAACUUUUGCAAGAUUCCAACUGCGAUUUCCUUGCAAAUUUAUCCAGAAAACAACGUUUGCAAUUCCGAAAAAUAGUGAUUGAUAUGGUGCUGGCCACUGAUAUGUCGAAACACAUGUCACUUCUUGCUGACUUGAAAACAAUGGUCGAGGCGAAGAAGGUUGCCGGAAACAAUGUAAUCGUGCUGGACAAGUACAACGACAAAAUUCAGGUGUUACAAUCGAUGAUUCAUCUGGCUGAUCUCUCAAAUCCAACUAAGCCAAUCGAAUUGUAUCAGCAAUGGAAUCAGAGGAUAAUGGAAGAGUAUUGGAGGCAGGGAGAUAAGGAAAAAGAACUUGGACUCGAGAUUUCACCAAUGUGUGAUCGUGGAAAUGUGACGAUUGAGAAAUCACAAGUCGGAUUUAUCGACUACAUCGUCCACCCUCUCUACGAAACAUGGGCUGAUCUUGUCUAUCCUGACGCUCAGAACAUCCUGGAUCAACUGGAAGAAAAUCGAGAAUGGUAUCAAUCCCGAAUACCUGAAGAACCGGAAACAGCACGUACCGCAACAGAAGAAGACGAGCACAAAUAG